UUCCUGCUCUGACACUCCACCACCUACGGGAAGUAAGCAGUAGUAGUACAGAACCAGAGGGGAUGGAGUAAAAGCAAAUAAACAUGGAUCCCGCAGAAGAAAAGACGAGCAAAGCGGUCGAUGUUUACCGCGACACAUGGGUCCGCUUCCUCGGUUAUGCCAAUGAGGUUGGGGAGGCCUUUCGGGCUCUGGUGCCAGUGAGUCUGGUGCGGGGCAGCUAUGCUGUGGCCACUGUGUACGUUACUGCUGACGCUGUGGACAAAGGGAAGAAGGCAGCUCUGGCCCACGGGGAGAACCCAGGCAAGACGACACGGAUAGCCGCAGCAGUGGUGGACACGUUUGUGUGGCAGGCCCUCGCCUCUGUGAUCAUCCCGGGCUUCACCAUUAACCGCGUGUGUGCCACAUCGCUCUACCUGCUGGGCAGAACCACCAAGUUGCCUCUGUCAGUCCGCAAGUGGACCACCACAGCUAUCGGCCUCUCCACCAUCCCCUUCAUCAUCACUCCUAUAGACAGGUCAGUGGAUUUCCUGCUGGAUUCCAGCCUCCGGAAAGUCUACAAUGCGGGAGAGAAACACGAAUAAGGAAGGAACCUCGCUGGAAACACUGUCCCCUUCCUGAGCGGAGACCGGUCCAGUGUUCACAGACCUGUGCUGAUUAUCCAACACUGUGAAGCAGUAAAGAUGUGUACAGAAGGAUUUCAUGGAGAGAGAUUUCACAGUUAGUCAAAGACAUAUAAUAAAUAUAUUUCUGAAUUAUAUAAAAAAAAAAGUUGUAGCAGUUUAGUUGUUAAAAGUGAAAUCCUGCUUUGUGAAAUGUCCCUCUAGGGAUCCUUAGCUUUAACCUCUCAGGGCAAUCUGGGUAGCAACACCAAAACAAGUUUUAAAAGGAAUGUACCAUUAUGAAAAAAUAAUUCUUCUUCUUUUUGACAGAGCAAAGAGAGACACUGCUUAUAUGAAAAUACUUCAGCAGGGUCACAGUGUAGCGUUCUAUUCCUAUCACCGUGAAUACUGCCUCCGAGGUUGCCCUGAGCUGUUUCUCUGCCUGGCAGAGCCUCACCUCAUGAGAUUAAUUACAAACCAGCCAUAUUCAGAGAUACUGUAAACAUCCAGCCAAAAAGCCAGUUUGCAAUGAUGUCCCUCUUUAUCUUCUCCCAGUAUAACUUUGUCAUAGUUUUUUUUUCUUCUUUGUGUUUUUUGGAAUUGUUGUUUUUUCCAAUGCACUUUUCCAUUGUUUGAUUCUACCAUAUUGUUGGUCACGGGAGCCAAGAUUUGCACUGGGAACAUUGUUUUACACCACGAUAACGGUCCAUAUGAUUCUAUAUACAGUAGAAUAGUGUAAUAUAUGGUUAUAUUAAUGUAAGAGUACUUGUUGGACCAUCAGGUAGUAAUAACUAAACCAUUAGUUUAGAAAGUUUGUUAUCAGACAGUAAUGGUGUAGUAAUACUGUGACAUUUUGUUGUGUGAAAACAUUAUAAAUCUCUGUUUAGUGUAUGUUAGAUUUACUCUUACAUGCAUCAUGACACAGUGUGGCCCAGCUGGCUGCAGAUUAUUAUUAGACAAUAUGGUGUUGAGCACACAGUUGGGUUUAAUUACAUCAGAGAAAAAGAUUAAAGCUAGGCUUGGUAAUUAUUGAAAUACUCGCAAAAGAGCAGGCCAAAACAAAAUUGAACCGAUACACCCCAGCCCCUCCCAUCGGCCCUCUCGUCAAAGGUACCCCCCCAAAACACAUGAAUUGCUCACUAACGUCUGGCUUUCGGUCGGUCAGUGAUAGACAAGAACGCCAGCCAAUCAUUUCAUGCCGUCAGAGUGAAAGGAGGUCUUUAUUACAGUUUGGCGAGCGCCACAGACACCAGCUUUCUACAUACUUCUUUAUUUGUUGAUGGCCAUCGGGACGUUAAGAGGAUUUCAACAAAUACGAUGAAGUGUUUCAGAAACAACUUACCAACCCUACCUUUAACCCAUGAGCUGUUUAAGUGUCAUACAAAUAAUCUGAAUAGGUUUUUCUGCCUUGAUGCAGAAAACUCCUCUUGUAUAAGCACAUUAAAUUUAGCGUUGCACUCCUCAAAUACUUGUGAGGGUCAGUGUAUUUCUAUGCAGGGGAUGGUUUAAGGGGUUUCUUUAGUAAUAAACACAUACUGUAUGUAUAUUAUUGCCACUGCUUUUCUUUGAGGAGCCAGAUAAUAAACUGUAUCUCAUGCUGAACUAUGCAACAGGAAAUAAGGCAUUAGUGUACAUACAUGAGCUUUGCAAAUUAAAAGAGAUUUGGUAAAUCAGUUUCAUAACGUUUGAAUGAGCUGUCGAUUUAAGACAAAAGAGGAACAAAUUGGGAAUCUCUGUUAUCCAUUUCCUUUUGUGUCACUAUACACCAGUGUACCAUUUAAGCAAUAACUUUAGUUUAUUGUGUUGCACCAUAUUCUCUUUGCUAUGAAGGAUGUGGUUGUCUGGCAUGGAGGGAGAUAUGCUGACAGAGAUGAUUGUGAAAACUGGGGAUGCACCAGUUGCCAUUAUUUCUACAUGCUGGUACUGUUUCACUCUUGCAACCUAUUUAACAGUAUUUAAUAAUCACAUCAGGUCACAAGGCCAUUUAAGCAGUGAUUAUGUUUUUUUUAUUGGCUUUUUAAGUGAUUUAAACACGUGUCCUCAGGGUUCCAGUGUAUGUAGCAUUGGAUAUUAUCACCCACUUAACCUUUGUCAUGUCAAUUAGAUUUGUCUUAGCAGAAAAAGCACAGGUAUGUGUACUAAAGGCUCCAGUAUCAACACCUUGAAGGUUCAGUGUGUAAGAUUAAGGUGACAGGGAUCUAUUGGCAGAAAUUGAACAAAAAAUAAUCCUGGUGAUGUUUUCACUAGUGUGUGAUCAUUCUAAAUUGUGCGAAUUGUUUUCAUUACCCUAGAAUGGGCCCUUUAUAUUUAAAUAUUUUAUAUUUACAUCGGGAGCGGGUCCUCUGUACGGAGGCUGCCAUGUUUUUUACAGUUUACAAACUACAAACUAAACACCUUUUGUUGAGUUCUUAUGACAACUGAAGGCUUUGAAGGGGAGGGCGAGGUGAGGGGUGUUCAGCUGCAACUUCACCACUAGAUGUCACUAAAUUAUACACACUGAACCUUCAAUGGAUUAUUGGUUAUUUGUUGAACAUUUGCUUUUUCUGCUGUGAUAUGUCAACACUCCACUGAAGAAAAGCAUAUUGUAAAAACAUUUCAGAUUUUACAUAACUUCACUGUAUUUUUAUUGUUUCGGUUUACUUUUUUGGAACAUUUUAUUUUUGACGUUUUCAUAUGUGGUCGUGUGUUCGGAAGUGGGUUUUUAUGAGUCACAUUUUCACUCUCGCCCGGGUAAAAAAGUAUCUAACCUCAUGCUCAGUUGUUCACACAAGAUGGUGUGAGCUGCUGUUAAAUGCUUCGUGCUCUACAGCCGACACCAAAAUAUUCAGCAAUCCUCAUGUUCUGUAGUAACUUCUAAGACACUGGAGAAAAACAACUUGUAAAUCUGUCAUGAAAUAAAUUAUGUAAUGACAGAAACA